AUGAUCUGUUACCCAACCGACCACUGCCCUACCCCCCACUGCCCUACCCCCCUGCUGCCCUACCCCCACUGCCCUACUCCCCACUGCCCUACUCCCCACUGCCCUACUCCCCACUGCCCUACCCCCACUGCCCUACCCCCACUGCCCUACUCCCCACUGCCCUACUCCCCACUGCCCUACCCCCACUGCCCUACUCCCCACUGUCCUACUCCCCACUGCCCUACCCCCCCUGCUGCACUACUCCCCACUGUCCUACCCCCCCCACUGCCCUACCUCCUACCCUCCACUGCCCUUCCUCCUACCCCACACUGCCCUACCUCCUACCCCCACUGCCCUACCUCCUACCCUCCACUGCCCUUCCUCCUACCCCACACUGCCCUACCUCCUACCCCCACUGCCCUACCUCCCACUGCCCUACCUCCCACUGCCCUACCCCCACUGCCCUACCUCCUACCCCACACUGCCCUACCUCCUACCCCCCACUGCCCUACCUCCCACUGCCCUACCUCCCACUGCCCUACCCCCCCCACUGCCCUACCUCCCACUGCCCUACCUCCCACUGCCCUACCCCCACUGCCCUACCUCCCACUGCCCUACCUCCCACUGCCCUACCUCCUACUGCCCUACCCCCCACUGCCCUACCUCCCACUGCCCUACCUCCUACUGCCCCUACCUCCCACUGCCCUACCCCCACUGCCCUACCUCCUACUGCCCUACCUCCUACUGCCCUACCUCCCACUGCCCUACCUCCCACUGCCCUACCCCCCACUGCCCUACCUCCCACUGCCCUACCUCCUACUGCCCUACCUCCCACUGCCCUACCUCCCACUGCCCUACCCCCACUGCCCUACCUCCCACUGCCCUACCUCCCACUGCCCUACCUCCCACUGCCCUACCUCCCACUGCCCUACCUCCCACUGCCCUACCCCCACUGCCCUACUCCCCACUGUCCUACUCCCCACUGCCCUACCCCCCCGCUGCACUACUCCCCACUGUCCUACUACCCCCACUGCCCUACCUCCUACCCUCCACUGCCCUUCCUCCUACCCCACACUGCCCUACCUCCUACCCCCACUGCCCUACCUCCUACCCUCCACUGCCCUUCCUCCUACCCCACACUGCCCUACCUCCUACCCCCCACUGCCCUACCUCCCACUGCCCUACCUCCCUGCCCUACCCCCACUGCCCUACCUCCUACCCCCACACUGCCCUACCUCCUACCCCCCACUGCCCUACCUCCCACUGCCCUACCUCCCACUGCCCUACCUGCCCUACCUCCCACUGCCCUACCUCCCACUGCCCUACCCCCCCACUGCCCUACCUCCCACUGCCCUACCUCCCACUGCCCUACCUCCUACUGCCCUACCCCCCCACUGCCCUACCUCCCACUGCCCUACCUCCUACUGCCCUACCUCCCACUGCCCUACCCCCACUGCCCUACCUCCUACUGCCCUACCUCCUACUGCCCUACCUCCCACUGCCCUACCUCCCACUGCCCUACCCCCCCCACUGCCCUACCUCCCACUGCCCUACCUCCUACUGCCCUACCUCCCACUGCCCUACCUCCCACUGCCCUACCCCCACUGCCCUACCUCCCACUGCCCUACCUCCCACUGCCCUACCUCCCACUGCCCUACCCCACUGCCCUACCCCCCCCACUGCCCUACCCCCCACUGCCCUACCUCCCACUGCCCUACCUCCUACCUCCUACCCCCACUGCCCUACCUCCUACCUCCUACCCCCCACUGCCCAACCUCCUACCCCCACUGCCCUACCUCACACUGCCCUACCUCCUACCCCCCACUGCCCUACCCCCACACUGCCCUACCUCCUACCCCCCUUGUGGAGAUCUAA